UCGUUUUAAAGGAAAUCGAAAAGGAGUCUUUCAAGCACCCGUAAGCUGAUAGGAGUCGCCUUGGUUAGGUUUGUGUGUUCAUGGGGCUCCCGUCUUUCUUCUCCUUCGUGCUCAAGAUGCGAUCUCCAGCGAUUCAUCAUCCCAUUCCACUUUCCAUCUCCCUCCCUCAUCUCUCUCGUGCCCGUUUCUCGUUUCGCGAUCGCCGGAGGUUUUCUUCGACCCCUAACCCUAAUUUAGACGACCCGAACCAGCUCUUGAGUUACGUGAGGAAAUUUUGCAGAGCUGGUGGCGGUGGGUUUUCGAGUGUCGACGAUGCCCUGCGUUGCUUCGGUAAAAUGAUCAACACCGACCCUUUGCCUUCCCCCAGGGAUUUCAGUCUUCUGUUGGGUGCUAUAGCGAGGAUGAAGCACUACUCGAUUGCCAUCCGCUUGAUCCAGCAGCUGCAUUCGUUGGGGAUUGAAGACAAUCACUUUUGGCUGAAUAUUUCGUUGAAUUGCUUCUGCCGGUUAGAGCGGGUUGACUUGGGUUUGUCUAUCCUGGGCAGAAUCUUGAAGCUUGGGUUUCCCAUCGAUGUGGUGGCAUCGAACACCCUAAUUGAUGGUUUCCUUAUAAAGGGCGAAACUGAUCGAGCGUUGAGUUUCCUCGAUGAUAUGCAACGAAAAGGUCCAGAACCUAAUGAGACCACGUAUGCAAUAAUCGCCAAGGGGUUAUGCAGGGCAGGUAACACCAGAUUGGCGAUGGAAUUGCUGAGGGACUGGGAAGAGAGAAGCUGCAGCAUCAAUUCCUUCGCAUACAACAUAGUGAUGGAUGGUCUUUGCAAGGAGCGAUUGAUCACAGAGGCACUGAGACUCCACGAAAGCAUGAGUAAGAAAGGCGUCGAACCAAAUGUCGUUACUUAUACCUCCUUGAUCCAUGGUCUGUGCGGUGUAGGCCAGAUGGAAGAUGCUCUGGCAUUGUUGAAAGAGAUGACAAGCGGAGGCAUCCAACCCGACAUAUUCACUUAUAACUCAUUGGUCCAUUGCUUAUGCAACCUAGGCCAAUGGAAAGAUGCUACGGUCUUGAUGGAGAAGAUGAUGGAGGCAGGAAUUGAACCAGACGUGGUUACUUAUAACUCUGUCAUUCAAGGAGUGUGCAAUUCCGGCCAAUUGAAAGAGUCCCAAAGACUGCUGAGUCAUAUGGUGCAAAGCAGAGUCAUGCCGGAUGUUCAAACCUUCACUAUUCUGGUGGAUGCAUAUUGUAAAGAGGGAAUGGUUGUAGAGGCAGAGGCCAUAAUCAACCAGAUGAUUCAAUCAGGUAAAAUGCCUAAUAGUGUCACUUAUAGUACAUUGAUGAAUGGUUAUUGUUUGCAAAAUAGAAUGGACGAUGCUAUGGAAGUGCUUAAUCGGAUGGUUAAAAGAGGCUGCUCACCUGAUGUUGUUAGUUAUUCCACGUUGAUCAACGGAUAUUGCAAAGUGAAAAGAAUGGACAAGACAAAGAUGCUUUUCCAAGAAAUGCUUCAAAGGGGCCUGAUUCCUAACGUCAUAACAUACACCACUCUCGUGGAUGGAUUUUGCAAGGUUGGGAACCUUGAAGCCGCGGCAGAGCUAAUUAACGAGAUGCAAUCUCGCAAUCUCUUUCUAGAUCAUUAUACCUUGAAUGCUUUCCUGGAUGGCUUGUGUAAAAUGCAGCAGAUUGACAAGGCCAUGAUAUUGCUUCGAAAGAUGGAAGAUUCCCAAUUCGUCCCAAACAUUGUGACUUACAGUAUUAUAAUGAAUGGCAUGUGUAAUGCCGGAAAGCUCGAUGAUGCUAAGGGGCUGUUUGAUUGCUUGAAUGCUCGAGGCUUGCAACCUGAUGUGCAGACAUAUAACAUUGUCAUGCAUGGAUUGUGCAAAGGAGGAUGCAUGGAGGAAGCAUAUCAGCUGCUAAAGGAGAUGGAAGGAAAUGGAUGCAUUCCAGAUGGUGUCACUUAUAAUGCAUUGUUGAAUGGUUAUUGUUUGCAAAAUAGGAUGGAUGAUGCUCUGGCAGUUCUUAAUUUGAUGGUUGAAAGAGGCUGCUCACUUAAUGUUGUUUGUUAUAACACAUUGAUUAACGGAUACUGCAAAGCGAAAAGAAUUGACAAAUCAAAAAUACUGUUCCAAGAAAUGCUUGAAAGGGGCUUGAAUCCUGAUGUCAUCACGUACAACACUCUCAUAAAUGGAUAUUGCCAGGUUGGGAACCUUGAAGCUGCGGUGGAGCUAAUUAACGAGAUGCAGUCUCGCAAUCUAUCUCCAAAUCAUUAUACCUUGAGUGCUUUACUCGAUGGCUUGUGUAAAACACAGCAGAUUGACAAGGCCAUGAUAUUGCUUCGAAAGAUGGAAGAUUCCAAAUUGGUCCCAGAUAUCGUGACUUACAAUAUCCUAAUCCAUGGCAUGUGUAAUGCCGGAAAGCUCGACGAUGCUAAGGGGCUGUUUGAUUGUUUGAAUGCUCGAGGCUUGCAACCUGAUGUGCAGACAUAUAAUAUUGUCAUGCAUGGAUUGUGCAAAGGAGGAUGCAUGGAGAAAGCAUAUGAGCUGCUAAAGGAGAUGGAAGGAAAUGGAUGCAUUCCAGAUGGUGUCACUUAUAACACCAUCAUCCAAGGGCUUCUAAGAAAUAAAGAAAAUACGAGAGCAGCACAACUUGUUGGAGAAAUGGUCGAAAGGGGUUUUUCUGCAAACGUAGGGACGAUGGAGUUGUGGGUUAAGUAUCUUGUGACGAAUGGAACUACUUCUCCUUCUUUUUCCAGUCGAACUCUCCAUUGUGUGUGAGAUCUGUCCGCCUUUUCAGCUGAAAUGUGAUGCAGAGUAAACCAGAUCAACGGCAAGUUUUCUUCCACUCAUCAUCUCAUUGAGUCCCAUGUCCCAUUAAUGAAGUUGUUUUAAGUCAGGGAGAUGCUCUCUCUUGCUUCAUUAGGAGGCUUUUGGAAGGGUGGAAGGUGAAGUUUGUUUAUUGGAUACCUAGGUUCUGUAAUAAGUCUCUGUAUCUAACUGGUACAUGGACUCAUCAGUUGGUGCUUCUGGUGCCUAAUAUUUAUCAAACAGGUGAAAUUCAUACAGAUGAUCAAGCGGUGUGAGGAUGUUCUUGAAUUAAA